UAAACAAUAAAAAUCCCUAUUUCUUCAUCUCUAAAAUCUCCCACUAUUUUUCUGCACCUACUCAUAGAAGAAUAAAAGGACUUCAAUGUUCUACCACAAAUGAAAUGCCAUUUUGUUCAUCAAAAUGCCUCCAAGAAAUCUCCCAUUUCUUCUUAUUUCCAUUUAUUUAUUGAAUUUCCUCAUUUUAUCUGUUUCAAAAACACUAAAAGAACCCAUUUUGAACCCAAAUUCAGCCCAUUUUUCCAAGAAAAUUAAAGGGUUUGAAGAAUCCACAAGAAAGAGCAUAAGGUUGGAAUCUUUACAAAGAUCUCAGCUGAUUCUCAGUGGAAACACAACAAUUUUUAGUGAAAACAGAACUUUUCAGCUGGGAUUUUUCACCCCAGGUCAUAGUAUCAGAUGGUACUUGGGCAUUUGGUAUGCUUCAAUCUCAACUCCCUCAUAUGUUUGGGUUGCGAACAGGGAAAAUCCCAUCAAGAAGUUGUCAUCAGCUACAGCAGAAAUCAGUGAAAAUGGAAAAUUAGUUGUAACAGAUCAAGAUUCAAGAACCAUUUUGUGGGAAACAAGCAAUGUGGAAAAAGCAAGUGAUUUGAAGCUUUUGGAGCAGGGAAAUUUAGUGUUGUUAAAUGACGAAGGGAGGAUUGUUUGGCAAAGCUUUGAUUUUCCUACUGACACGUGGCUGCCUGGGAUGAACUUAACAACUCAACACUGGCUGACUUCUUGGAAGAGUUCAAGUGAUCCAGCACCGGGAAGGUAUUCCUUGAGGUUGAAUCAAGCUAAUUAUGGUGAGAUUACUCUUGUUUAUAGCAAUGGUAGUGUUAAUGGUAGUAAUUCCAAUUCAUAUACUUAUUGGACUACUGGGAAAUGGAAUGGAAAUGCAUUUGAUGGGGUGCCCGAAAUGACAAUUCGUUAUAUAUAUAAGUUUGAGUUUGUUAAUCCUUUUACUCCCACGGCAAUUUUUGGGUACACAGAGUUGUCAACAGAUGGUGUGAAACCACCCUUAACGAGGUUCUUUUUGGACCACACGGGUCAGCUGAAGCAGUUCACUUGGUCUUCGCAGAUUGAGUAUUGGAACAUGUUUUGGUCACAGCCUGAGAAUCUGUGUAGAGUUUAUGGAUUGUGUGGUAAUUUGGGGUUUUGUAGUGCGAGGCAGUGGAGUCCUUGUAGGUGUUUGAACGGAUUUAUUCCUGUUAAUGGUGUUUCGUGGAAUGAGAAUGAUUUUUCCGAGGGUUGUCACCGGGAAAGUGAUGUGUUCUGUGGCAAGAACGAGGGAUUUGAGGAAGUCGGAGUGGUGAAUUACGAUGGAGCAAGAGUCGUGUCAUUUAGUGCGAGUAGGAGUAAGUGUGAAAGCGAGUGUUUGAGUAAUUGUUCGUGCAUUGGUUUGUUACACAAUGUGAGGAGUAAUUUAUGCAAGAAUCUCUAUGGGUCUCUUUUUAACAUAUGGAAUCUUACUUCAGAUAGCACUAUUGACGAAAAGUUAUAUGUGAAGGUGCCCAGGAAUAGUGCAGGCAAAAAGAACAAGAAGAAGAUGACCAUUUUCAUUGGGAUGAUUUGUGGGAUUCUUGUGAUUCUGAGUCUCGGAACUAUAAGUCUGUUGUACUUGAGGAGGAGAAUGAUUAAGAGAAGAAAGGGGGACGAGGAUGGUGUUUUCCCAGUAACAAAUUUGAGGGUGUUUUCUUACAAGGAACUCCAUGCUAUUACAAGGGGAUUUUCAGAGAAGCUCGGGCAUGGAGGAUUUGGGGCAGUAUUUCGCGGGGAAUUAUCAGAUUCUUCACUGGUGGCUGUUAAGAGACUCGAAAGACCUGGUGGUGGUGAGAAGGAAUUUCGAGCAGAGGUUUGUACUAUUGGAAAUAUUCAGCAUGUCAAUCUGGUUAGAUUGAGAGGGUUUUGUUCUGAAGAUUCUCAUAGGCUAUUGGUUUACGAUUAUAUGCCGAAUGGACCUCUUAGUGUUUACCUAAGACGGGAUGGUCAGAAUCUAAGUUGGGAUGUCAGAUUUCGGGUUGCUAUAGGGACAGCAAGAGGCAUCGCUUAUUUACACGAGGAGUGUCGAAAUUGCAUCAUACAUUGUGAUAUAAAGCCCGAGAACAUUUUAUUAGACAAAGAUUUCUCACCCAAGGUAUCGGAUUUUGGCCUAGCAAAGCUCAUUGGGAGAGACUUCAGCCGGGUUCUAGCUACCAUGAGGGGUACGUGGGGAUAUGUUGCACCCGAAUGGAUCUCUGGUGUGGCGAUUACCACUAAAGCUGAUGUGUAUAGCUACGGCAUGACAUUAUUGGAGUUGUUAGGCGGCCGCCGUAAUGUGGAGGGGCCACCUUCAGCCAGUGGAGGUGGAGAGGGUGGUAUUGAGAAGUGGUUCUUUCCACCCUGGGCAGCCCGCCAGUUAAUAGACGGUAACGUGACUGCUGUGAUCGAUGAGCGGCUUGGUAGCACAUAUGACAAGCCCGAGGCAGAGCGCUUAGGUCUGGUGGCUGUAUGGUGCAUUCAAGAUGAUGAAUUAAUGAGGCCUACAAUGGGAAUGGUCGUGAAAAUGUUGGAGGGCGUAGUCGAGGUGGCUGUUCCACCACCUCCAAAGCUGCUUCAAGCAUUAGUUUCUGGUGAUUCGUUCCGUGGGGUUGGGGACAGGGUAUCACAAAGCGAUGCUCCAGGAAGUUUUAAUGAUAAUGUCCUAACCACCAUAGAUCUCAAGAAUUCUCAAUCAUCUAUGUAGCUUUUCUUUCUUAGCUUCAUCAUGUCAAAGUGCACAAAUUAGAAGAGGCAAAUUGGCUCUUUAUUGCUGUAUUACUAGUUUGCAACAUGUAGAAGUUCAUUGUUGUUUUGCAGCCUUUUUUCCCUCAAAGUUCUGUUGAAAUGAUUGAAAUUAGUGGAAAUUACAUCCACCCUAUUUUUAAAGAUCAAUAUUCUAAAAUCA